AAAGAAAAACAAUUCAAAUUCUUCUGCACACCAGAUAUUGUUUUCUGUUUUUCUUACUAUGAUUAUUAUGUAUUAAUACUAUCUUUGAGCAUAAUAAUUUAACCGCUACAAAUUUUACACAGUCGAAUGAGCCUCAAAGAGAAGGAAAGGAGAAGGUACAAUUGACAUUUUAUCUCCCAGUUCAGCGGAGUUCAUUUGACCACUGCCUGAUAAUUUCCGGACGAAAACAACGGUUCCAAAGUUCAGUCCUUCCACUGCCAAAGUGUUCGAUGGUUUUCCGCGUAAACAUAAAAGGGUCAACGACAUGGCUCUCAAGGGAAUAAAAGUAAUCGAGUUCGUCGGGUUGGCCCCGGGACCGUUUUGUGGCAUGCUGUUAGCCGACUUUGGCGCUACCGUUACCCGGAUUGAUAUGAAUCCUCGAAACUCGCUGGAUGUACUGCAGGGUGGUAAACGAUCGCUUGCCUUAAACCUGAAACAACCGAAAGCGAUCGAUUUGGUCCGUUCGUUGUGCCGCGGAUCCGAUGUACUGAUAGAACCAUUUCGGCCGGGAGUGAUGGAAAAGUUCGGUCUAGGACCCAGCGUUCUUCUGCAGGAGAAUCCUCGGCUUAUUUACGCCAGGUUGACCGGUUUUGGACAGACUGGUGCGCAUGCGAUUCGUGCUGGACACGACAUUAACUACGUCGCCCUUUCCGGGGUGCUUUCGAUGUUGGGACGCAAAACGAACAAACCGACAGCACCGAUCAAUUUACUGGCAGACUUUGCAGGCGGUGGAUUGAUGUGUGCCUUCGGCAUUCUUGCAGCCAUCGUCGAAAGACAUCGGUCCGGGAAGGGCCAGAUUAUCGAUCACGCGAUGGUGGAGGGUGCCGCAUACGUUGGAAGCUGGCUGUUCCGUUCGCAAAGUCUUCCGGUGUGGGGUAAGGCGCGCGGUGAGAAUAUUCUCGAUGGCGGGGCCCAUUUUUACGAUACGUAUGAAACGAAGGAUGGGAAAUUCCUGUCCGUUGGUGCUAUAGAAAACAAAUUCUACCGUUUGCUUCUGGAAGGGCUUGGAUUGGAUGCGGAUCUGCCCCAGUUUGAAGAUGACGAGAAGCGACGAGAACUUUUCGAAGCGAAAUUCAAGACGAAAACGCGCGCCGAUUGGAUGGAAAUAUUCAACGAAAAAGAUGCCUGCGUUUUUCCGGUGUUAACGCCGGACGAGGUAGAAUCGUACGAGCACAAUCGUGAACGCAGCGUGUUUGUCGAUUAUCAACGGACUGAAGAUGAUGUACUGGUCCCUACACCGGCACCAAAACUAAGCCGCACGCCGGCCCAUUCCGGUGCGACAGCGAAGGAAAGAAGUGAGCUGGAAAUGGCCGAGGAAAUAUUGAGCGAAAUAGGAACGGAAUCGAAAGAACUUGUGCAAUUGUACGAGGAAGGUGUCUUACUACUUUCCAACAAACCAAAGAUGUGAUACAAUUUAUGGCCAUAGAAACAAUGUUUUUUUUUUGAAAAAGUUAUUUGGUUGCGGGACUUUUAUCUAAUUGAAAAAAAUAAAUAUUUUAACAAUCAUGAGUAAUUUAUCACUACAA